CUCCUCUAGUCUACCUUCAAUUCUACUUCUAUUUCUCAUUUUCUCUAACACCUCACCUGCACCCCAUAACUUACGCCUCUAAUUCAUCUUAUUUAUAAAAUCUAACCCUUUUAUUUUCACACAUCUCAAACUAAAUCUACAUCUAAAUCUAAAUCUUUCAACCAACCAUGAAGACUUGUCAAUCUUUUUUCAAAACUCAUAUCAAUUCUAGACUCAUAAACCUCAUUUUCAUCUCUUCAUCUCUUGGUUUGAUCCUUUAUCUCGUGUUCUCAUCCUUUUCGUCGUUUUCGACUUUUUCUACGUUGCCAAGCACUAGAAUCUUGUUGCUAGGUGGCGAUGUGUUCUCGUCUCCUACUUCGCUUGAUCACGUCGUGUUUGGGAUCGCGUCGAAUGCGAAAGCGUGGCCGACACGCAAAGAAUACGUCAAGAUGUGGUGGAAGCCUGAUAAGAUGCGAGGGUGUGUUUUUCUUGAUGUUGGAUUGAAUAACAACAACAACAACAACAAUGACAACAACACCGUACUGUCCGAGGAUGAGAUCCUGCCGCCGGUUUGUAUAUCCGAUGAUACUUCCCGGUUUCGGUAUACAUGGCGCGGUGGUCUCCGGUCAGCCAUACGUGUUGCUAGGGUCGUCAAAGAAACGGUAGCAUUAAACCAUUCUAACGUCAGAUGGUUCGUGUUUGGGGACGAUGACACAGUCUUCUUCCAUGAAAAUCUGGUGAAGACGCUAUCGAAAUACGAUCAUGAACUGCCGUAUUUCAUCGGGUCAAACUCAGAGAGCUUUAUACAGAACCGGUUCUUCUCAUUUUCGAUGGCGUUUGGCGGAGCUGGAUUCGCGAUCAGUUAUCCGCUGGCGAAAACAUUGGCGAAGGUAUUAGAUUCGUGUUUGGAGAGAUAUCAUCAUUUGUAUGGAAGUGAUGGGAGGAUUUCAUCGUGUUUGGCUGAACUUGGAGUUGGGAUUACCAGAGAACCUGGUUUUCAUCAGAUGGAUAUGAGCGGAGAUCCGUUUGGAGUACUAGCAGCACAUCCAAUGGCACCAUUGGUAUCUCUUCACCAUCCAGAUUACUUGGACCCGAUCUUUCCAAAAAUGACAAAUAGAGAUGCUAUGCGCCAUCUGUACAAAGCCGCAGAACUAGAUCCUCAUAGGAUCUUACAACAAACAGUUUGCUACGACCGUUGGUUUUCUUGGACAAUUUCAAUCUCAUGGGGCUACGCUGUCGAAGUGUUUGGAAGCCACAUACUCUUGCCAGAUGUUCUUCGUGUCCCUGCAACAUUUAGGCCGUGGAAAAAAGGUGGCGUAUUGCACACACUAUUUAGUUUCGACAUGAGGGAACACAAUAAGGAUCCUUGUAGAAGACCGGUUGCAUUUCAUAUGAACAAGACUAUUCUCGAGGGAGAUCAAACCGUAAGCAUUUACAAAAUUGUGGAGCCUGCGAAUUGCACAUCCAAUCUUGGAUCUCCAAGGGGAAUUGAAAUGAUCAAAGUGCAUGCUCCAAAGUUUAAUCUUGACAUGAAACAGUUGUUGGCGCCUAGACGACAAUGUUGCGAUGUAUUACCAUCAUCAUGGCACGAAAAGCUGGAAAUUGGCAUAAGGGAAUGCCAUGAAGAUGAACUGAUUCAAAUGCCUCACUAACACACCGGGUAUACUAAAAACAAACAUGAGUCAAGAACAUAUGAUUAGAGUUUGUCAAACGAAGCAUACACAUGGGAAGCCCACAAUUAGAAUGUAGAAAAGUGGUUUUCGAUGUAACUAGAAGAAUUCGUGCGUAGUGGUGUAAACUAAUAUUGAAAUGGUUGAAAUAAAUUUGUCUAUUUUGAUUA